AUGCCAUACAACGGAGACUGGAAAGCUUUGUUUCAAGACCGGAAUCGGCGCAAUCGGUCCGCUGUGUUUGAAUGGACGGUCACGGACUUCCUCUCCAACCCUGAGCGGAGAUAUUCCCCUUCCUUCCGCGUCGAGGACUACACCUUCAAAGUGAUCGUCGACCCUGUUGGGAACCCGAACGUUUAUUUUCUCGAGCCUGGUGUGUCAGUCUACCUGGCUUGUUCACCGGCAGCUCCUCUUCCGCCGUCCACCGCUGCGACUGCCGCACUGGCUGCCUCCGUAGCCGCCGGCCUACCCAUCCCUCCCGUCGCCGAGGCUCUGGUUCAAAACCCCGGCUUUUCGGAAGCCGUAGCCGCGGCUACGGCUGCUGCCGCGACAGGGAUGCCCACGGGCCUGAAUCCGAACCAUCACAUGGAGGCGGCUGCGAUGGCGGCGCUGAGUGGCUAUGGUCAUGGGGGGGGGAUUGGGUCUCCUCCGGGGGACUGGGAGUGUUGCUGUGCCUUUUCUCUCACUGCUUGCAACCAGCAACGCAAAGGUCGGAACGUGACCUGGCAUUCCUCCAUGCUUAACGAUCGUUUCCACAAGAACCGGAAGAAUUGGGGAGUCCAUUCCCUCUUGCCGGUGACUAAACUUAAAGACCCAGCCUCCGGAUUCGUGGUGGACGACGCACUCAAGCUCAAGGUCCGCCUCCGCCUCUUGUACCUGACCGUAAAAGUGGUGCGGAACGCCCACCUGGCCGCCCACGAAGGCUUUGGGAUCAUGGACACGGGGGCUGAGGCCCCGGCCGGGGCGGACGACAGCCUCACGUACGAGCUUUUCCAUUGCACGACCUUGACGGCCUUCAAGGAGAUGUUGGCACGUGACUUGGGCAUGCCUUCCCCGGAGCAUUUCCGGCUCUGGGUCUUUACCCAGCCAUGGCCUGACACCAUCCUGUGCCCGCGGGAGAUUCUGACGAACGCAGGGGGCAGCAGCAACAGCAGUAGCAGCAACGGGCAACCAACCCCAACGACCGCGCCCCCGGUGGCACAAAACCAAAACCCCCACCAGCUCAACCCCAACGCCGCGGUGACUCCUCCGCAGCACACGCCGUUAGCUCCCUUGGCACCCGUCCCUCCCACGGUGCCCGCCCCUCCAGCCGCCCCCCUGGCCGACGAAGAUGCUUCCGCUGUCACCCUCUUCUCCCUCCUUCAACUGCACAUGGACGGUCUCGGCGUCGCCAGGGUCUGGGCGGAAUGCGCGGAGGAUGGAGGCUUUGCCUCCACACCAGCCUGGACCAGUGGCACGGCGGCCGUGGAGGAGAUGGAUGAGGAAGAGAGGGACGCGCCAGAGCUCUCCGUCCUGAUGGCCACCAGCCAAGAUGAAGGGCAAGGCAGCCAGCCGGACAAGGGAGAGAACUCGAGAGGGGAAGCUGACGGAUGCCUACCCGAUAUACCAGGACUGCACCAGUGUCAGGCCCAUCAAACGCUCUCACCUGUGGCGUUGAUGCCGGACUCGCGUGACCUGUGCCACCAAUCCCAUGCGGCCCAAUCAGCGGCCGCCGCUACGGAGGAUCCGGCCGCCCUGGCUGUCGUUCCCCCUUGCCCCAUGCCCUCCCCCGAUAUGCACGUGCUGGUCUUCCUCAAGUGGAUGAACCCUGUCUCGGGUCGAAUCGCCUACCUCUCCCACGCGGUGGUGACGCACCGCACCCUCCUGCGGCACAUGUUCGUCCUGGUCGGGGGUCUUGUGCACAGGCCUCCAGAGACCUUGGGCGCCCACAUGGAAACCACGCCUGCCACGUGGCAACGCUGUGGCCAAGGAAUGCACCGGAUGAUUGCCUGUCCCCUUCCCGCGCAACAUCUGCGGGGGGUGGCCCGUCCUCGGGAUAACAAUAGGGAACGGCCUGAGGAACAGGCGACUCUGCGGGACAUCGGGGUCGAGAAUGGACAAAUUUUGACCUUUUAUGUGGAGGGCAUGGAAGCUGUUGUGGAAGGAACCUACCGCGGGUACCUGGAGGAGCUCUUUCACGAGGCCUGCGUCAUGUACUACGGCCAAGACAGCCUACAAGCCGCGGAGCGAGCGCGCUCCUUGAUGUGUAUGGACGUGGAGGAUGAGAUGGUCGAGGAGGACUGUUCCCAGCAGUACGUGGGAAAAAGCAGCAGUGCCGGCGAUCAAAAAAACGAACGGAUGGGAAAGACGGGUCCAUCUCGGGGAAAUACCAAGAAGGGGGUGACUGCCGCGGGAGCAACCACGGAAGACCGAGAAGGCACGGCGGGGGCCCUUGCCUGUUUCCUUGCCCCGCCCGCCUUGGCCAACGCCGCUUUAUUUUCCUCCCGCCCUCGCGUCCGCCCACGUCGAGCGUCUCCAAAGUACAGCACCUUGAAAUUGGAGCAGGUCGUGAACCUGUUUGAACGCUUUGGCUACCAAUCGUUCCGCGUCCGCAACGUCUAUUACCAACACAAGCACAUGAAUGCCAGACAAACGAUGGACUACGUGAUCCAAGGCCGGCACUUGGGCUUCUGUUGCGACCGUUGUGGGGCGACGGACUUCACAGGGCCUAGAUACAAAUGCUGCAUGUGCUAUGACUACGAUUUGUGUGGGAGCUGUCAAGAGCAUCCGCAAGCGGCCGCACACAGGUACAAGUAUGAGCAUCGCGGAUGGCGCCGUGAAAACCAGUUCAGCGAGCACUCCAAGAACCACAGGAUGCAAAUGAUUCUCCCCGUCCCCUACAAUCUGCGAAGCUUGUCGUUGCAGAGGUAG